AUUCCGGGUCCGGACUAGAGGCUCGGAGCGGCCCCGGCGGGGAGGCGCGCCUGUGCGCGGCACGGGCGUCGCGAACACGCCGCGCGUCCACGAGAAAGGGAGGUGUGGGCCCGGGUGGGGUGGGGGGAGGGCCGGGUGUCGGCGCGCUUGGCGUGCGGGAUCCGGGUGGCUGCGGGCGGCCUGGGCUGCCCGGCCGACGCCUGCUGCGAGAUGGCGAUCCUGGGCGCGGAGGGCUGAGGAGGCGCCGCCGCGGUGGCCGCGGGCCCCGGAGCCGCAGCUUCGCGCGGGGUUGUCUCCUCACCAGACUAUGAGCUCCUUGACAGAAGAAAUCGUAUCUUACUCAUCUUUGUAUCCUCGGUGUCUGGCACAAUUCUUGAUACACAAGUCAAGGUCAAUUUUGGGACAUGGCCACUGCUUCACCAAGGUCUGAUACUAGUGAUAACCACAGUGGAAGGUUACAGUUAAAGGUAACUGUUUCUAGUGCCAAACUAAAAAGAAAAAAAAACUGGUUUGGAACAGCAAUAUAUACUGAAGUCAUCGUAGAUGGAGAAAUUAAGAAAACAGCAAAAUCCAGUAGUUCUUCUAAUCCAAAAUGGGAUGAGCAGCUGAUUGUAAAUGUGACCCCACAGACCACCUUGGAGUUUCGAAUUUGGAGUCACCACACUUUAAAAGCAGAUGCUCUGUUAGGAAGAGCAACAGUGGACUUGAAACAAGUGCUGUUAACACACAACAGGAAAUUAGAAAAAGUGAAAGAAAUAUUAAAACUUUCUUUGGAAAACAAGAAUGGCAUAGUGCAAACUGGUGAAUUGACAGUUGUGCUUGAUGGAUUAGUGAUUGAGCAAGAAAAUCUGACAAACCACAACCCUUCUCCAACCACAGAAAUCCAGCAGAAUGGUGAUGCCUUACAUGAGAAUGGAGACUCCUCGACAAGGACAACUGCCAGGUUGGCUGUUGAAGGUACUAUUGGAAUAGAUAAUCAUGUACCAACAAACACUGUUGUUUCCAACUCAUGCUGUUCACAUGUAGUUAAUGGAGAAAACACACCUUCAUCCCCGUCUCAGGUUGCUGCCAGACCCAAAAAUACUCCAGCUCCAAAACCACUCACAUCUGAGCCCACCAGUGAUACAGUUAAUGGAGAAUCAUCUUCAUCUGUCUUAGCUGAUAAUACUUCCACCAUGGGUACUCCACUACCGUCUGAAGAAACCACCUCGACUUCCCAUUGCACUAGCACCACCAUUCAGGAGCCUCCUGUCCAAGGACCCCCGGCAUCCUCAGAACACAGUGAAUGUAUUCCCUCUACCAGUGCCGAAAUGGGACCAGAAGCUCAGAGCCUCAUAGACCCUGAUUCUGAUUCCAGAAAUGAUUCAGUUUUUGACAAAUUAAGGCAGCCAGAAGAGUUUGCGGAACCUCUGAGGCCACGGUCUAGAAAUGCGAAUAAUGAAUCUUUGCCAUCAGGGUGGGAACAGAGAAAAGAUCCUCAUGGUAGAACCUAUUAUGUGGAUCAUAAUACUAGAACUACCACAUGGGAGAGACCACAGCCUUUGCCUCCAGGUUGGGAAAGAAGAGUUGAUGAUCGUGGAAGAGUUUAUUAUGUGGAUCAUAACACCAGAACAACAACCUGGCAGCGGCCUACCAUGGAAUCUGUUCGAAAUUUUGAACAGUGGCAAUCUCAGCGGAAUCAAUUGCAGGGAGCUAUGCAACAAUUCAACCAACGAUACCUCUAUUCGGCUUCAAUGUUAGCUGCAGAAAAUGAUCCAUAUGGACCUUUACCUCCAGGCUGGGAAAAAAGAGUGGAUUCAACAGACAGAGUUUACUUUGUGAAUCAUAAUACAAAAACUACACAAUGGGAAGACCCAAGAACUCAAGGCUUACCAAAUGAAGAGCCCCUGCCAGAAGGCUGGGAGAUCAGGUAUACUCGAGAAGGUGUUAGGUACUUUGUGGAUCAUAACACAAGAACAACAACAUUCAAAGAUCCUCGCAAUGGGAAGUCGUCUGUAGCUAAAGGUGGUCCACAGAUUGCUUAUGAACGCAGCUUUAGGUGGAAGCUUGCUCAUUUCCGUUACUUGUGCCAGUCUAAUGCACUGCCUAGUCACGUAAAGAUCAAUGUGUCCCGUCAGACUUUAUUUGAAGAUUCCUUCCAACAGAUUAUGGCAUUGAAACCGUAUGACUUAAGGAGACGAUUAUAUGUUAUAUUUAGAGGAGAAGAAGGCCUUGAUUAUGGUGGUCUUGCAAGAGAAUGGUUUUUCUUGCUUUCCCAUGAAGUUUUGAACCCAAUGUAUUGCUUAUUUGAGUAUGCAGGCAAGAAUAACUAUUGUUUACAGAUAAAUCCAGCAUCAACCAUAAAUCCUGAUCAUCUUUCAUACUUCUGUUUUAUUGGUCGCUUUAUUGCAAUGGCACUAUUCCAUGGGAAGUUUAUUGAUACUGGUUUCUCUUUACCAUUCUACAAACGUAUGCUAAGUAAAAAACUCACUAUUAAGGAUUUGGAAUCUAUUGAUACUGAAUUUUAUAACUCCCUUAUCUGGAUAAGAGACAACAACAUUGAAGAAUGUGGCUUAGAGAUGUAUUUUUCUGUCGACAUGGAGAUUCUGGGAAAAGUUACUUCACAUGACCUGAAGUUGGGAGGUUCCAAUAUCUUGGUGACUGAAGAAAACAAAGAUGAAUAUAUUGGUUUAAUGACAGAAUGGCGUUUUUCUCGAGGAGUUCAAGAACAGACCAAAGCUUUCCUUGAUGGAUUUAAUGAAGUUGUUCCCCUACAGUGGCUGCAAUACUUUGAUGAAAAAGAAUUGGAGGUUAUGCUGUGUGGCAUGCAAGAGGUUGACUUGGCAGACUGGCAGAGAAACACUGUGUACCGACAUUAUACAAGAAACAGCAAGCAAAUUAUUUGGUUUUGGCAGUUUGUGAAAGAGACUGACAAUGAAGUCAGAAUGCGACUCUUGCAGUUUGUCACUGGAACCUGCCGAUUGCCUCUAGGAGGAUUUGCUGAGCUCAUGGGAAGUAAUGGGCCUCAAAAGUUUUGUAUUGAAAAAGUUGGCAAAGACACCUGGUUACCAAGAAGUCAUACAUGUUUUAAUCGCUUGGAUCUACCACCAUAUAAGAGUUAUGAACAACUAAAGGAAAAACUUCUUUUUGCAAUAGAAGAGACAGAGGGAUUUGGACAAGAAUGAAUGUGGCUUCUUGUCUUGGAGGAGAUCUUGCAUUAAAUACCCCAGCUGAGAAAAAUUGCACAGAUAGUGUAUAUAAGCUGUUCAUUCUGUACAGUUAAUUUUCUGAAUCUUUCAAAGUAUGUUUUCCAUUCUUCCACAGAAAUAUGCAAAACAUUUCAUCAUUUUCUACUUUAUUUAUUGUUCCCUUGAAAUGACUGACCAGGAAAAAGAUCAUCCUUAAAUUUUGAAGCAAGCAAGAGAAUUUAUUAAGAAGUAUAUAUCUAUAUAAGCAUAU